UUUACCUCUCAAAGCUUGUGAUUUUCAUAAAAAUCAGUGCAUGUGAACCUUAAAAAAAUACAAAGGAAGGUCAUCUGAUUGUCUAUAAAUAGACAGCACCAGCAAUCAAGAGUUUGCAUGCAGUUACAGAACUUUCAGCUGAAUUUUCCAAAGAUGAAAUUCUUGUCAUUUUUCCUCAUUGCCAUCCUCCUUCUACAGAGUUUUGAAGAGGCAUUGACCUUGAGUGAUGCUGCAGAUUCUCUUACUCAGGUGGAUGAAGCAGGAAUUUUAGGAGGCCUUCUCAAGAAAAUCCCAAAACCAAAAAUCAAUUGCAGUCAUGAAUGCACAAGAAGAUGCAGCAAGUCAUCAAGAAAGAAUUUGUGCCAUCGCGCAUGCAAAACUUGUUGCUUGAGAUGCCAUUGCGUGCCGCCAGGAACUUAUGGCAACAAAAAUGUGUGUCCCUGUUAUGCUAAGCUACGAACACACGGAAAUAAGCCCAAGUGUCCUUGAAAUCUUUGCCCUGCUUAAAAGCACUUAUAAUAUUAAGCAGAUUAAACAUUCUACAAGUGUGUGUGAUACAUAUAUUAUUCAUAUAUCUUUGCGGAUUAGUUCUGCAUGAAUAAUUCUAAUCAUUUAGUAAGUGAAAAGAACAGGAUUACAGUGUGCAAAUAAUCCUUGUGGGAUUUUGACUUGUCAAGAUCUGAUGAACGAUUACAUAAGGUAAUAAUUGGAUGCAGUCAAAAGUCUGUUUAGCAAGCUGAUGAAUACAAGUUGUAAGCCUUUUGUAGCCAGUGUACGGGAGUCUUUUGUUAUUAUUGUGUGAUUAGUUUAUGAUAUUUAUUAAUUAAAAAAAAAAAGGUUGAACCCCAUCUUGAGGGCUCCUACCAUUCCAUCCUUAGAGUCUUGUGAGGGAGGUAAAUCACGGGAUGUGUCACAGUAGGCCAGAGAACAAGAGUUGCAUGUACACUGAGUCUACAAGGAGUUCAAUUCCAUAUCUCAGGAAUCGAACCCCUACACUGCGGCUGUCAGCAAGAUGUGAGAUAAUCUCACUUCUGUCAAUUGCACCACUGGACUAUGUCUCGGGGGCAAAAUUUUAUUAAUUAGUUACACUUGUAAUUGACUUAGUUGAUUAAGUCUUUGUUUUCUAAAUUUGCACUUGCAAAGCAAUAACGAAGCUAGGAUUCGAAUUCAA